CGGGGCAAGCGAGACAUGCACGGAGAAGAAAAAACGGAAAGGGGGAGAAACGGUGGAAAAAAGGGGAGAAGAUGGAGAGGAUGGAGGAGAUGACCCCCGGCUGAGCGAGCGAAUGGCUCGGAAAUCAUGUGCCGUCGUCUGAUCAUCUCAUACGACGGCAGUGUUGACAGGAGGUUAACCAAAUUCUAACUGCUGGGGAAGAACAAACGCACCCCGGCAGAAUCCCCUUUCUGCGGUACGUGGAUGAUACCGAUGCUCCUCUUUAUUUUGUCUACCUGUACCUAUCCUGUCCAUCCAGCUCCCUCUCCUUUCCGCUUCUGCCCUCUGCUUUGCUUGGUUGCCCUGCUCGACCGUGCCGUACUUGGCCUCCGGGUCACCAUCCCGAAAAGCUACAGUAUCACAGUUGCCCGCUCGUUCCCUCCGGAAAAACCCCCCAACCGAUAACGUGCUUUUCGUGGCGUCUUCCAACAUCCCGGUUGGCCCAAGCCGCCCAAGGCACGCAGCAACAACACCUGCCUGCCCACGCAGCGUUGGCAACAGAGAGACCCUUACAAGAAUCACCACCAGUGCUCAUCGAUACAUCCAUUAUGGACGGCCUACGAGUAUUAUCCCCGAAUAAUGGGAGCCGAGUAGGCACCCCGUUGCCCCGCUUCCUCGAUAGCUCUGGCUUCCCAAUUAAUCCUUCCGCUAAGAAAGAGAAGGAGGGAGCUAUUGAGGUGGAAGUCCCAUCGCUGUUGCAUCGGGUCAAGCAUAAUGGGAGCAUUUUAUCAUUUUGUGUAUCUGAUGAGUUGAUUUAUGCAGGCAGUCAGAGCGGGGAGAUUUUGGUGUGGUCCAUUGAAACUUUUCAACUUGUCAAGAGUGUACAUGCACAUCAGGGGAGCGUUUUGUGUCUUCACCUCUCAGACGAUCAGUCGGUUUUGUUCUCCAGUGCUGGAGAUGCAAUUAUCAAUGUGUGGAAUGCGAAAACCUUCGAGAACCUUUACAGUAUCUACUCUACUUUCGACGUCGGGGAUGUAUUCUGCGUCGUCUAUUCCUCAGCGCUGCAAACUGCGUACUUUGGCGCCCAAAAUACUAGUAUUCAGUGGUAUGACCUUAAAGUGAAAGAUUCGCGACCCAGGCCUACUUUGACUUCGCACCCUUCACACCGUAACCACCGAUUCUUCGAUUCCAAAGGUCCCGGUGGGAGGACUACACCCAGGCCGGCGUCGAAGGUUGUGCCGCCCAGCUCGAGGCUGUUGGAGGUUGAUCCAGAGAAUAUUGUGCAGUAUGCUCACUACGGAUACGUUUACUGCAUGCUUCUCAUUACCCUUCCAUCCGGGUGGGAAAUCAAGGGUGACGGAGGGGAGAUGCUGCUAUCUGGGGGUGGGGACGGGGUGGUCAAACUAUGGACCAUUAAUCCGGUGACGAGCGCGAUCACAAGCGCUGCGAACUUGAGCGCGGGUGAUUCUGGAGUACUGAGUAUGGCGGUCAACGACACGAUGCUUUACUGCGGAUUGACCGAUGGCGAAAUAUGCAUUUGGGAUUUGGACACUUUGCAAUUGAUUCGCAGUCUCAAAACCCAUUGCGACGAUGUCUUGACCAUGUCUGUUAUGGGGAAUUACAUCUUUAGCGGGAGUGCUAGUGGGUAUUCGAGGAAAUGGAACCAACGCUUCGAACAUAUGAGUCGCUGGCAGUCUCACUCUGGAUUGAUAUUGGCUUCUGCCGCGACCAAGCGCCAUGGGAGGCUGAUUUACAUCACCGGCGGUAAUGACGACUGUGUGGCAAUCUGGGACACUUCCGCCCUUGAACAAUCGGAAUCCCAGAUUCUGAAAUCUCAGAAUGACCAGCUCCUUUGCUCGCUGAGCAAACUAGUCUCCUUCCGUACAGUUUCCAGCGAUCCUAGCUAUGCCGAAGACUGCCGUCGGGGAGCAACCUAUCUCAAGCAGCUAUUCAAGCGGUAUGGUGCUACAGCCACGCUCUUGCCCUCGGAGGAGGGCAGAAACCCGAUUGUCCAUGCGAGGUUCGGCGGCUGCGGAACGAAGGGCAGGAGCAAAGGGAAAACGAUACUGUUCUACGGCCAUUAUGACGUGAUACCUGCUUCCGAGUCUGCUGAGGCUGGAUGGCAAACGCGGCCGUUUGAACUAACAGGGAUGAACGGAUAUCUAUACGGUCGCGGAGUAUCAGAUAACAAAGGUCCUUGUCUCGCUGCGCUAUUUGCCGCCGGCGAAUUGGUGCAGGAGCAAGAACUAGGCGCCGACAUUACGUUCCUAAUUGAAGGGGAGGAAGAAUCUGGGAGCAGAGGAUUUGCUGAUGCCGUUAGGAGAAAUAAGGAAAUUAUCGGUGAUGUGGACUGGAUUCUGAUAGCCAACAGCUACUGGCUCGAUGAUGAUGUUCCAUGCUUAACCUAUGGCCUUAGAGGAGUAAUCCAUGCUACCGUGGUAGUAGGGAGCGAUAAGCCGGAUCUACAUUCGGGUGUUGAGGGUAGUAGACUUAACCGAGAGCCUACGAUCGACCUGGUAAACCUGUUGGCAAGAUUGACCUCCCCGGACGGGAAGGUUUUGAUUCCUGGAUUCUCGGAGCCCGUCCGCCCUAUCACCCCCGCCGAAGAAGAAAUGUACACCGCCAUCACCAACACCAUUGUCAACAAACCGGAUUGGUCCCAUCUAACUGCAGUCCAGAUAAAAGACCAUUUAAUGUCAAAAUGGCGCUUCCCAUCGCUAACAAUCCACAAUGUCUCCGUCUCAGGUCCAUCAAACGCGGCCAUCAUCCCACGCGUAGCAUCGGCUUCGAUAUCCCUCCGCAUAGUCCCAGACCAGGAGCUAUCUGUGAUAAAAGACAAGCUGGUCUCGUACCUGCGCAGCGAGUACUCCUCCUUCAACAGCAACAACAAGCUCGACAUAAAAAUAGACCACGAAGCAGAGCCCUGGCUAGGCGAUCCCGAAAAUGACGCCUUCAGAACAUUGGAAGAGGCGGUCAUGGAUGUGUGGUCCGAGGGUAACUUGGACCGGGUUAGACCGCUGUACAUUCGUGAGGGAGGGAGUAUCCCCACUGCAAGGUUUUUAGAAAAAGAGUUUGGAGCUCCGGCGGCGCAUCUUCCGUGUGGACAAGCGAGCGAUCAAGCGCACUUGGAUGAUGAACGGCUGAGGCUUGUUAAUCUUUAUAAGAGCAAGGCGAUCUUGAAAAGAGUGUUUAAGGAGUUGCCGAGAAAGUAGACUCUUUUUUAUUUUUAUUUUCAUCCUACUGCUAUAGCGUUGUGGUGGGUUGCAGUGGUUAGGGGGGGGAGAGAGGUUUUCUCGCAAUACCCUACUAGAAGACCGGGUAUGCCUGCACGGUGGUUGAAUGUUUAUAA